UUCGGGGUGUGUUCAAGAGUAUGCGGGCUAUCACUUGUGUCAUUUUGUGGCGAGACUCUUGUGAAACACCUGCUCACAACAGCCCUUCUGUUCAUUUUUUUCAACAAAGAUGCAGAAGUGGGUUGUGAUCUGCUGGGCCGUCCUGGCUGUGGUUGGUGCUGAUGUGUGUCCAGAUGGAGGGCUGUGUAAAGAAGGGGAAACCUGCUGCAACAGCCCAGAAAACGGCUACGGGUGUUGCCGAUAUGAAAACGCUGAGUGCUGUGAUGAUCACAUCCACUGCUGUCCAGCGGGCACAGUCUGUAAUAAAGCCUUAUCUGGCUGUAUUAAUACCACCCUGACCAUCCCAUGGGUGAAAAGAACCCCUGCUGAUCAGCCCAAACUCUGUAAAUCCUUCAGGAUGAUCAAGGCCUACGAGAGUCAGGAAGACGACAACAUCUGCCCCGAUCUGUCACGAUGCCCUGCUGAGUUUUCCUGUCUGAAGGGUUUGACGAAGUUUGGCUGCUGUCCUCUAACUCAGGGAAUCUCCUGCCCCGAUGGCAAACACUGCUGCCCUGAGGGCCACGACUGCAGCUCAGACAGCCGCGCCUGCAUCAAAAAAGAGAUCGUGGUUACAGUUCUAUGCAGCGAUGGCGUUUCGGAGUGCCCAGAUGGUACCACCUGCUGUGAAACAACAGAAGGCAAAUGGGCAUGCUGUCCACUACCAAAGGCCGUGUGCUGCGCUGACAAGAUACACUGCUGCUCUGAAGGAACCACAUGUGAUGUCGAGCAUUCCAAAUGCAUUCACUCUUCUACCAAGAAAGAGAUGCCAAUGUGGGCAAAGCUCCCUGCCAGAGUGAGAGCAGCUUGGGAAAACCAGAAAGAAGUGCCAGUUGAGGCGGUGAAUAACACAGGAACAGAAAACGCCCCCAAAGGCACCACAGCCAAUCUGCUUCCUCCAUCUGGUAAGACAGUAAAUCUGUCAUCAGUUGCUAAGGCAGCUGCAGCCAACGAUGUUCCAUGUGACGAUACAUCAGCCUGUCCUGAUGGCACCACCUGCUGUAAAACCCAAGAAGGUGGCUGGGCCUGCUGUCCAAUGCCAGAGGCUGUUUGUUGUGAAGACUUCAUACACUGUUGUCCCAAAGGGAAGAAAUGUAACUUGGAGGCUCAAACCUGUGAAGACGGCCUGAUCUCUGUGCCCUGGGCCAAGAAGGUCCCUGCAAUCAUAAAGCAGAAGGUAGAGGUGAAGGAUGUUCCAUGUGACGAUACAUCAGCCUGUCCUGAUGGCACCACCUGCUGUAAAACCCAAGAAGGUGGCUGGGCCUGCUGUCCAAUGCCAGAGGCUGUUUGUUGUGAAGACUUCAUACACUGUUGUCCCAAAGGGAAGAAAUGCAACUUGGAGGCUCAAACCUGUGAAGACGGCCUGAUCUCUGUGCCCUGGGCCAAGAAGGUUCCUGCAAUCAUAAAGCAGAAGGUAGAGGUGAAGGAUGUUCCAUGUGACGAUACAUCAGCCUGUCCUGAUGGCACCACCUGCUGUAAAACCCAAGAAGGUGGCUGGGCUUGCUGUCCAAUGCCAGAGGCUGUUUGCUGUGAAGACUUCAUACACUGUUGUCCCAAAGGGAAGAAAUGUAACUUGGAGGCUCAAACCUGUGAAGACGGCCUGAUCUCUGUGCCCUGGGCCAAGAAGGUUCCUGCAAUCAUAAAGCAGAAGGUAGAGGUGAAGGAUGUUCCAUGUGACGAUACAUCAGCCUGUCCUGAUGGCACCACCUGCUGUAAAACCCAAGAAGGUGGCUGGGCCUGCUGUCCAAUGCCAGAGGCUGUUUGCUGUGAAGACUUCAUACACUGUUGUCCCAAAGGGAAGAAAUGCAACUUGGAGGCUCAAACCUGUGAAGACGGCCUGAUCUCUGUGCCCUGGGCCAAGAAGGUUCCUGCAAUCAUAAAGCAGAAGGUAGAGGUGAAGGAUGUUCCAUGUGACGAUACAUCAGCCUGUCCUGAUGGCACCACCUGCUGUAAAACCCAAGAAGGUGGCUGGGCCUGCUGUCCAAUGCCAGAGGCUGUUUGCUGUGAAGACUUCAUACACUGUUGUCCAAAAGGGAAGAAAUGCAACUUGGAGGCUCAAACCUGUGAAGACGGCCUGAUCUCUGUGCCCUGGGCCAAGAAGGUUCCUGCAAUCAUAAAGCAGAAGGUAGAGGUGAAGGAUGUUCCAUGUGACGAUACAUCAGCCUGUCCUGAUGGCACCACCUGCUGUAAAACCCAAGAAGGUGGCUGGGCCUGCUGUCCAAUGCCAGAGGCUGUUUGCUGUGAAGACUUCAUACACUGUUGUCCAAAAGGGAAGAAAUGUAACUUGGAGGCUCAAACCUGUGAAGACGGCCUGACCUCUGUGCCCUGGGCCAAGAAGGUUCCUGCAAUCAUAAAGCAGAAGGUAGAGGUGAAGGAUGUUCCAUGUGACGAUGCAUCAGCCUGUCCUGAUGGCACCACCUGCUGUAAAACCCAAGAAGGUGGCUGGGCUUGCUGUCCAAUGCCAGAGGCUGUUUGCUGUGAAGACUUCAUACACUGUUGUCCCAAAGGGAAGAAAUGUAACUUGGAGGCUCAAACCUGUGAAGACGGCCUGAUCUCUGUGCCCUGGGCCAAGAAGGUCCCUGCAAUCAUAAAGCAGAAGGUAGAGGUGAAGGAUGUUCCAUGUGACGAUACAUCAGCCUGUCCUGAUGGCACCACCUGCUGUAAAACCCAAGAAGGUGGCUGGGCCUGCUGUCCAAUGCCAGAGGCUGUUUGUUGUGAAGACUUCAUACACUGUUGUCCCAAAGGGAAGAAAUGCAACUUGGAGGCUCAAACCUGUGAAGACGGCCUGAUCUCUGUGCCCUGGGCCAAGAAGGUUCCUGCAAUCAUAAAGCAGAAGGUAGAGGUGAAGGAUGUUCCAUGUGACGAUACAUCAGCCUGUCCUGAUGGCACCACCUGCUGUAAAACCCAAGAAGGUGGCUGGGCCUGCUGUCCAAUGCCAGAGGCUGUUUGCUGUGAAGACUUCAUACACUGUUGUCCCAAAGGGAAGAAAUGUAACUUGGAGGCUCAAACCUGUGAAGACGGCCUGAUCUCUGUGCCCUGGGCCAAGAAGGUUCCUGCAAUCAUAAAGCAGAAGGUAGAGGUGAAGGAUGUUCCAUGUGAUGAUACAUCAGCCUGUCCUGAUGGCACCACCUGCUGUAAAACCCAAGAAGGUGGCUGGGCCUGCUGUCCAAUGCCAGAGGCUGUUUGUUGUGAAGACUUCAUACACUGUUGUCCAAAAGGGAAGAAAUGCAACUUGGAGGCUCAAACCUGUGAAGACGGCCUGACCUCUGUGCCCUGGGCCAAGAAGGUUCCUGCAAUCAUAAAGCAGAAGGUAGAGGUGAAGGAUGUUCCAUGUGACGAUACAUCAGCCUGUCCUGAUGGCACCACCUGCUGUAAAACCCAAGAAGGUGGCUGGGCCUGCUGUCCAAUGCCAGAGGCUGUUUGCUGUGAAGACUUCAUACACUGUUGUCCCAAAGGGAAGAAAUGUAACUUGGAGGCUCAAACCUGUGAAGACGGCUUGAUCUCUGUGCCCUGGGCCAAGAAGGUUCCUGCAAUCAUAAAGCAGAAGGUAGAGGUGAAGGAUGUUCCAUGUGAUGAUACAUCAGCCUGUCCUGAUGGCACCACCUGCUGUAAAACCCAAGAAGGUGGCUGGGCCUGCUGUCCAAUGCCAGAGGCUGUUUGCUGUGAAGACUUCAUACACUGUUGUCCAAAAGGGAAGAAAUGUAACUUGGAGGCUCAAACCUGUGAGGACGGCCUGACCUCUGUGCCCUGGGCCAAGAAGGUUCCUGCAAUCAUAAAGCAGAAAGUAGAGGAGAAGAAAGUUCCUUGUGAUCACACAGCAGCCUGUCCUGAUAACACCACCUGCUGUAAAACGAAAGAAGGUCGCUGGGCCUGCUGUCGAAUGCCAGAGGCGGUCUGCUGCAACGAUCACAAACACUGCUGCCCGAACGGCACCACCUGUGACCAGACCUCCAUGUCCUGCAAUGGCCCAUCAGGCUCAACUCCCAUGCUACAGAAGGUACCUGCGUUCACUACUGGAGCACCUACUACUGUGCAGCCUACAACUGAGAGUCCAACAACAAGCUCUAAAGCGGAGGAGGAGGACAAAGAAGAAGAAGGCAUGAUUAGCUGUGAUGCCCACACCAGCUGCCCUCAGUUGACCACCUGCUGCUACAUGAAGAAGUUUGAAAAGUGGGGCUGCUGCCCGCUGCCUGAGGCGGUGUGCUGUGAGGAUGGGAGUCACUGUUGUCCUAAACAGUAUAAAUGUGACAAUAGCCGCACGUCAUGCAUAAAAGGAGAAGUGGUGAUUCCAUGGUACACCAAGAUUCCAGCCAUUACCAGCGACGAGGCCGAGCCCUCCUCUGUCCAGUGCGAAGGUGCAAACCAGUGUCCUGAACAAACCAGCUGCUGCAAGCUGUUCACAGGCGAGUGGGGCUGCUGUCCACUCAAAAAUGCUGUUUGCUGUCCAGAUAAGGAGCACUGUUGCCCGCAGGGUUACACCUGUGACAUCUUAUCCAGAUCCUGCCAGAAGCUCAUCAUGAUGCAGCUGGAGAGAGUCCCACUGACACCGGUGUAUCUACUUGAGCCUGAACCCCAGCUCAGCCCAACAAAGCACAAAGACAUCAAGUGCGAUGACAAGACCGAUUGCGGACAUGAUGAAACUUGCUGCAGGACUUCUGCCACUUCCUGGGGCUGCUGUCCAUCUCCUAACGCGGUGUGCUGCAGCGACAUGAAACACUGCUGCCCGACCGGGUACACCUGCACCAAAGAAGGCUCCUGCAUCCAGAACUCCAAGCUUUACUGGCCCAACUGGCACGUGUUCCUCGCCAACAAAAAAAGAGCCCUAAUUGUGUGAAAACACCACCUCUAAACUGUUACUAGUUUUAGUUUUUGCAUGUAAUGCACUAAUGGAGAAAGAAUUCUACAUUAAUUUCAAAAUGCUUUGUAUUUAAAUGACACUUUGAAAACGAUUUGCACCUCAGUUGCUAAGAUGUUUGCAAUCUUGAAGUUGAACGUUUUGGUCUGAAUGCACCUAAUUAUAUAGAUGACCAUGUGACUAAUGUAUUUAAGGAGUUAUCUUUGUUAUUCCAAGCACACUCAGUUUGUCACUUGAAACUCUACUCCAUCCACAAUAGAAGACAAUCGAAACACUCCACUUGUCAGUCAUCUGUUUCUUUAAGACUUGCUGCAGCUGCCUUCUGUUGAAAAGGUUAUUUCUUUAUCAAUAAUAGUCAAUCAGUCAAAGCCUGAUUCAAUAUCUUUCAUCAUUCUGAACAUUCAGUCUGAUCAUUUAAUGAUUUUGUGGCGUAAUUACUCAUUAAAUCUUGGGUUCAUAAUUUUGUGCAUUGGAUUAGUAAUCUGUGUUAAUGAGGCAAAGGUGAAGAAAUUCAUGCUUGGGUCAUCUUACCCUGUCAAACUGUCACAUUAUCCAUUAAAUCAAUAAAAAAGAAGUGACAUUGUUAAAA